AUGUCGCCCAUGAGGUUCCUAGCAUUUGGCGAGAUUCGGGACAGGUUGGUCGGUGACGACAAUCCUGCUCGUGAUGGAGGUGACAUGGAUUACGAGCGAUGUGCUGCUCUACACAAUGCCAUUGUAAAGCAUGGGUGGACCGCGAGUGGUCGUUCCCUCGACGACCUGCCCCUAACGACUUGCUGGGAAGCAAACGAAGAAGACUGGGAGGCCGACGCUAGCCGACUUCAUCCAUCAAUGGUGGAAUUUCUCAAACGAGCAUACAAUACGGAGCUACCUGAAACAGAGCCGAUUUACAACUGUGUCUCGAGAGAAUACAAGUUCUUUUACUUUCUUGAAGGACUGAUCGGACCUCAAGGUCAUGAAGUCUAUGAUCUUGGCGACCAUAUCGGAGACCACCCUGGUCAUUAUAUGACACUGUACAGCCCAAAUAAUCGACUAGGUUCGCAUGCUCAAGGAUUGAUGCUCGAAACAAUCUUGAGCGUAUACAUCGACAUGAUCGAAACCGAGAAAGUGGUCUGCAUACACAAUGACGUCGAGAAACCUGGCGACUUCAAACUAGUGAACCUUGGAGAAGAAGCUGGACAGCAAUGGCUGUCGACGCAAGAUCGACCAGACUCGCUUGUGGCAGAUCCGAUCACAGGACUUGCAAAGAACGGUAACAUUAUGUUUGGGCCUUGGAUUGUUCUGCAAUAUACCAAAGGGGUACUGGAGCAAUGUCUCGAGACCUGGGAAGUCCUCGUCGAAGCCAUCGAACAGAAAAUACCAGCAAUCUCGGACAGUGUUGUGGAAGUCCAGUAUGGUUUAGCCGAUGAAAGUAUGCUUGAGACUGCCGGGAUCAUCGAGGACUUCCUUAGAAAGCUGUUAUUGCGGGCCCGCAGACCCAGAUUCACCUACAUCGCGCCUGGAAUCCGGCUGCCUACACCGGAAGAAUUCAUUGAUCAGCCUUUCAGCAGCAUAAAAGAAUCGGAAGCCGACGAAGAUAUCCAUAGGAAGAUGCCGUUCCUCAUUUUCAGGGGCGAGAAUACUUGCCGAGCAUCUGAACACUUCUCCCAUCCAUACAAUCAAGCCUCAAGAAUUCCCACAGGACUCUAUCUUGAAGGCUGGACGCAGAGCGACUUGACCCCUUUCACGGAUGCCACUCGUUUGUUACUACCUUUCGCCAUCGGUGGCGAGGACACUUGGGCGCAGACAAGCAAUGGUCUUGCGAUAGACGGCAGACACGACGAACUCUAUCAGAUCGGUGAUAAUCCAUUUGCACCGGACCAUGGUACUUCGCUGCUUGGGAUAUUACAGAACUUCUACGCUCAUGUUGUCCAAGGAAAUUGGUCUGUUGAUGGGAGAGGUGUUAGUGAUCCCAUUGACAAGUUCCGGGAAGCAGAAACAGAGGAGCACUGUAACCAGUAUGCUGUCCCGAUGGGGCCUGGUGAGUUCUGGUAG